CAAACGUGCUUCGUGACACCGAUUCUGCACCAUGAAGGGAGUGAUUGUGAUCGUUGCGGUACUGAUUUUUGGGUGCCUGGUCGCCAGCCAGAGCCACAACUACCAGUGGGGUGUCCGAGAGCCGCGCGAGGUCCUGCUGAACCGCACAAUCGCCGUCCGGUCGGGGACGAUACUCCAGGUUAAGACGAUCGAUCUGCUGUAUCCGAUCUCGGGCCAACAAGGGCGCAACAUAUCGGCCAUCGUGGUGCUCGAUCAGUACAUCAACGGCAACGGUGGCUACGCCAGUCUGUAUGCCGGUGGGAUUGGUUACAACUACACGACGGUUCAUCUGCAAUCGCAGCGAGGCCAUGGUUACAACUUUAUCGUGGAGAUUUACGGAAAACCGUGAGCGGAGUGCAGCAGCAGCACAUUGACUGACGGUUCGGAUGUUUAGACUAGGCAAAUAAACCAGUACGCCGGUUGGCUUUUGCUGACAC